AUGGCCUGGGACGCUGCAAUGCAGCCAGGAACGGUCUCGAAAAUUCGAGCCUGUCGGCUCAGUAGCAGGUUUUUUCCCACCAGAGCAUCCUCGCUUGCUUUGUUGGCCAGCGUGUGCAAUAUAACUGUGCUUUUCGGCGAGAGCAGUGUGGCCAAUGUGUCAGUGCCGAUGAUGCACCUGGGACAGUCGAAGAACAAGACGCUGGACGAGUGGUUUCGAUUGGAGCCUGUCACUGGACCUGAUGCCCAUGCGCAGCUGCGACUUUUGUUGCACUUGCGCCGUGAUGCUGCAGGAGACAAGGCAGUACCCCCGCAAUGCUUUCAACAGCUUUGCCAAGAACUGCUCCCAAAACCCUCCGAGGACCUGCAAUCCGGGAAGAACCAUCUUCCCACACCUCUCGAUGGGCCGGCUUUGGACGGCUUUCCCGCAGGGGGUCCCGCAGGAGCUGAUCCUUCGGAGGAGGCGGCAGCUUCGCAAUCCUUAGCCUCCGAGCUCGAGGCAUUGCAAAGGCUGUGUUUGUCCUUGACAAGAGCGGCGCAACCGGAGACACCGCAGCCUCCCCGAGGCCCGGAGCCAGUCGACGAGCCCGCGUCACCCCUCAAGGACUCAGAGCCCAGCAUCUACGAUGAAGCUAGGGCACAGCUGCUGGCCCAGAAGGAGGCUCUGGAGCGCGAGCGAUCAGAGUUGAACAGCCAUUGGUCCGCCCUGCAAGCGGACCAGUCCACCAAACAGGAGGUCCUGGCAGAGAUGCGGGCAGAACGACUUUCCAUCUUUUCUAGCGUCGAGGAGUUGCAAGCAGAGGUUGAGGAUGCCACGGCAGAGCUCAAAGAGGCACAGGCAGUAUCCUCCAGUCGCUUGGCGGUGCGCCGUCAACUGCAGGCAGAGCUGAAUGCAUGUGCCGACAAUUUCAGCAAGGAAGCUGCGUGCCAGCGCCGCUCGACGGAGGCGCUGCGUGUGCAGCGUGCCUCCCUCCGCUGCGAGGCCGUCGAGCUUGGGCGAGAGCUGCAGGGCUGCGUGGGCCGCGGAGACGAGCUGGUCUCCGAGAAUCUGCGGCUGCGCACGGAGGCAGCCUCGCUCGAGGAGGCCGAGGAGCGCACGCGGUCGGAGCUACAACGUUUCCUUGCCUCUGACAGCGCGCAGCUGCAAGCAGCUGCGCUGCGGUGCAGGCAGCUCUGGAUCGACAUGCAGCACGGAGCCGCUCGAAACGACAGCCUUGUGGAAGGCCUCGACUAUGAGGCACGCUUGCAGACCCUGCGCGAGGCUGCAGAUCGCAUCUCGUGCUCGAACGGUGUGAGCACUCGCCUCCACCAAAACCCCAGGAGUUCGAGCUAA